CGGCCACCGACAGGCCCGCCAGCCAGCCCAUCAUGGGCAGCAGCCAUGUUGCCAGCUCAAGCGCCGGCGUCCCGCGCCGUUGUCUCCGUGCCGUGGAUUACAACCCACCAUACUUCCUCCCCCAUGUCGCGCGCCUCCUGCCCCCAACACUCCUGCCCGUGCUCCCCUCCACGCGCUUCAACCUUCCUUUGCCCUCCCCGCCCCCUUUAUUGCAGCACACAAUGGCCCUGCAGCAUCCUCUGGCUGGCCUGCUGAGCCGGGCCGCCGCAGCAGCCACUGUCACCGCGGUCGCUGCCUCGGUUGGCCAGUCAGGCAGUGGCUCCGGCCCCAAGGAUUACUCCCCGCCCGGGUUUGAUCCCAUGGAGGCGGUCAACUUCCACCCGUUGGAGAUAGCCGUCACCUGCUUUGUGACACUGAUUGUCCUUCUGGUCGGAGCUGUGGUCUUCUAUGUGUGGUGGCACCGGAACUGGACCCCUUUCAAGGCCAAGCAAAUCAAUCUCAUCAUCGCCAUGUAUAUCGGCACACUUCUCUUCUCCUACGGUAGCCUCUUCGCCAACCGUGUGCUGCCCAUCCCGCCGGACUUUGGUGGAUGUGUCUACGUCAUUUACUGGAUGCAGCUCUACUUCGGCAUGUUCCUGAUGCUGGGGGCUUUCAUGGUCCGAAUCUGGAGGCUGUACCUGAUCUUCCUCCGGCGGAAGUCCAUCUCGAUGUUCACCCUGUACCUGCCCUUUGGGCUGGUCAUGCUGGCCGGCUUCAUCACCGGGGUCAUCAUCUCGGCGCUGCAUCUGAUGGACCCGGUGAAUUUCGGCGGCAUCAACCUCUGCUACAUCAAUGACCUGGCCUUCUAUCCCCUUUUCGGGGUGAUCCUCGUGGUCUUGGUGGCCCUGGCGGUGAUCAGCUUCCGCACACGCAAGAUCAGCCACCGGUACUUCGGCGAGUACAAGACCCUGGUCAUUCAGAUGGGGCUCGUGUUUCUGGUCUUCUUUGCGGGGCUCAUUUUCGUCAUCUUCGGCGCCCAAUACCACCUCUGGGGCCGAGUGGUCUUGGCCAUCCUGUCGCCCUCGCUGAUGAUGCUCACCAACCUGGUGCAGUAUGCCAACGUGGUGUACCACCACAUGACCGGUCGCGAUGCCUACCUGGAGAAGUUCCACACCUCCCUCCGUCCGACGGCCGCCUCGUCCAGUGGCGCUGGCACCAGCUUCAGCACCAGCAAUACGUCCCUGGUCCCGACCGCCCCCCUGGCCGGCGGCACGGUGGAGUCCCAAUCGUCGAGCGCUCUCGCACCGGCCGAGGAUACCCCGGCCACCGAGCGUCUCCCCCGGCAAUCCACCUCCUCGCUCAUGGACACCACGGCCUCUGGCUCGGAUCUCUUCCUGACACACUCAUCCUCCGGAACAUCGGGCGGGUCUCCCGACGUCGGUCCAGCUGACAAGGAGGACUGCCAUGGCGGGCACCGCCCCUCCGGCCCGUCGGAUGGCGACGUCGCCAUGGUCAAGGACACCGCCACCGCCGGCCCUGCUGCCCCCGUGCCCGGCGGCCACCGGCCACUUAGCAUUCUGCCCACGCGUAUUGCGGACGACACGGAAGCCGACGAGGGUUUCGAAAUGGGGCCCAUUGGCGGAGCAGGAGCUUCAACAACCUCUCCCAGUGCCAGCAGCAACACCUCCAGGAGGACCGAUGACCCGGAGGCGGACAUGUUCCUGGCGGAAAUCCCCCGGUCACCCCUUCCACCCCAGCCGCAGGGUGGCUACGUCUCACAGCCCGAGGGCCUGUCGACUUUCUCCCUGGCUGAAGGGGCCUGGCAGCCUCUACCAGCCCCUCCCUCCUCCUCGGGGAGCUCCCUGCCUCUGCCUUCUGCUGAUAGCCCAUUGUCGCCUCCACAUGAGUGAGCUUUCUCUCUCUCUCUCUCUCU